AUGCUGUUGCUUUCUCGUUUGGCUGCUUUGGCAGCUCUUAGUGGUUUCGUUACUGCUGCCCCUCCCAAGACUCCUCCUGGUCCUGGUCCUGCUGGUCCUAAACCUCCCAGCCCUCCUGCCAGCGCUGUCAACUCCACUAGCGUCGUCAAUUCCACGACUUGUGGUGGUAACACUUAUGUUUACCAGGAGUUGGCCGGAUAUGGCUUCGUACCAAGCGAUGCCAGAGACAAGUUUGGUGAUACUCUUGGUGGAUUCGGGUCUUCAAUUGCCAUUGAUCAGAAGAGCUGGAAGAAAGUCGGAAAGGACUACAAGGGCACUUUGUGGGCAUUGCCAGACAGAGGAUGGAACACCCAAGGUACUCUGAACUUCCAGAACAGAGUCCACAAGUUCCAGAUUACAUUGUCUCUCAACGAUACUGCGACAGUCGCCUCGCCAUCAGGUCCUAACCUGCAGCUCAAAUACCAGGAUACCAUUCGCUUCACAGACCCUGCUGGGACUCCCGUCACUGGCUUGGAUCCCGAUGCUACAGGCCUCUACCUCAGUUUUUCAGGCUUCCCUGAUCUACCAGCUGCAACAUACACAGGUGACGGCUUUGGAAACAGCGGCACAGGCGGUCACCGCGUUUCCGUAGACUCAGAAGGUCUAGUUCUCAACCCCGACGGUUCGUUCUACGUGUCUGAUGAAUACGGACCUUACAUCUACCACUUUUCCGCUGCUGGAGAGAUGUUGAGUGCAAUUCGCCCUCCAAACGCAUAUAUCCCUUUGCGAAACGGCACUGAGAGUUUCAGCGCUGCGUCGCCUCCAGUGUACAACCCUGACGAGGAAAUCACCCCUGAGGACCCUACGCAAGGACGAGCAAACAACCAAGGACUCGAAGGCUUGACCGCAUCACCCGAUGGCAAACACAUCUACGCAUUGAUGCAAUCAGCUCUCGACCAAGAAGGCGGUCUCAAGAAGAAGAACAGACGCUAUACUCGUCUACUCCAAUACUCUGCUUCUGCAUUCUCUUCCUCAUCGCCAGUUCCAGAGGCUGAAUACGUUGUCCCAUUACCUCUCUACAACACCGAUAGUGUUGCCGCUCAAUCAGAACUCCACUUCUUGACCCCUACACAGUUUUUCGUCUUGGCCCGCGACUCCAAUGCAGGUCACGGCGCAGCAUCCUCUACAAGUCUCUACCGCCACAUCGACAUCUUCGAUAUUUCCAACGCCACUGAUAUCGCUGGUGCUACUUAUGAUGCCUUUAACGCAUCGAUUGCAUCUUCAAAGGGAGUUUUGAAGACUGGCGUGCAAGCAGCGACUUAUUGCUCCUUCCUUGACUUCAAUGUCAACUCCCAACUCGAGCGUUUCGGCGUGCACAACGGAGGUGCACAGGAUGCUGGCUUGUUGAAUGAAAAGUGGGAGUCCAUCGCUACUGUCCCGGUCAACGACGGUAAGGAUGGAGAGUAUUUUGUCUUCUCUCUCAGCGACAACGACUUCAUCACUCAAAACGGUUACAUGGAUGGUGGAAAGUAUCCUUACAAAGAUGCUUCAGGCUACAAUCUCGAUAACCAGGCUUUGGUGUUCAAAGUCAAAUUGCCCAAGGGCGUGAAUCCUUCAUAA